AUGUUAAAUAUUUCCAAUCGUAAUUGGAUAUCGGGUAUUACCCUUUUUUAUGUUCUUUUGGCAAUUAUUUUACCAUUUUUAAAUAAUCAUGGUAAAAGCUCUUUAGUUUUGGCAGAUGAUUCAAACGAUACUGAAAAUUAUGGUACCGUGAUUGGUAUUGAUUUAGGUACUACUUAUUCAUGUGUUGGUGUGAUGAAAAAUGGUAAGGUUGAAAUUUUGGCUAAUGAUCAAGGUAAUAGAAUCACUCCUUCUUAUGUUGCAUUCACUCCAGAAGAAAGAUUAAUUGGUGAUGCUGCUAAAAAUCAAGCUCCUUCCAAUGUUCAAAACACUGUUUUCGAUAUUAAACGUUUAAUUGGUUUAAAAUACAACGAUAAAACCGUUCAAAAAGAAAUUAAGCAUUUACCUUAUACUAUUGAAAAGAAAGAUGGUAAACCCGUUGUUAAAGUUGAAUAUCAAAACGAUUUGAAAACUUUCACUCCCGAAGAAAUUAGUGGGAUGAUUUUAGGUAAAAUGAAAUCAAUUGCUGAAGAUUAUUUGGGUAAAAAAGUUACCCAUGCAGUUGUCACUGUUCCUGCUUAUUUUAAUGAUGCUCAAAGACAAGCUACUAAAGAUGCUGGUACCAUUUCUGGUUUAAAUGUCUUGAGAAUUGUCAAUGAACCAACUGCCGCUGCCAUUGCUUAUGGUUUAGAUAAAUCAGAUGAUGAAAAACAAAUUAUCGUUUAUGAUUUAGGUGGGGGUACUUUCGAUGUUUCCUUAUUAUCUAUUGAAGGUGGUGUCUUUGAAGUUUUAGCCACCGCUGGUGAUACUCAUUUAGGUGGGGAAGAUUUCGAUUUUAAAAUUGUUAGACAUUUAACUAAAGUUUUCCAAAAAAAACAUAAAAUUGAUAUUACUUCAAAUUCAAAAGCUAUUUCCAAAUUGAAAAGAGAAGCUGAAAAGGCUAAGAGAACUUUAUCCUCUCAAAUGAGUGCUAGAAUUGAAAUUGAUUCUUUUGUUGAUGGUAUUGAUUUUUCAGAAACUUUAUCCAGAGCUAAAUUCGAAGAAUUAAACGUUGAAGCUUUCAAGAAAACUUUAAAACCAGUCGAACAAGUCUUGAAAGACGCUGGUGUUAAAAAAUCUGAAAUUGACGAUAUUGUUUUAGUUGGUGGUUCCACUAGAAUUCCAAAAGUUCAAGAGUUAUUAGAAAAAUUCUUUGAUGGUAAAAAAGCUUCUAAAGGUAUUAACCCAGAUGAAGCAGUUGCUUAUGGUGCUGCCGUUCAAGCCGGUGUUUUAUCUGGUGAAGAAGGGGUUGAUGAUAUCGUUUUAUUGGAUGUUAAUCCUUUAACUUUAGGUAUUGAAACUACUGGUGGUGUUAUGACUACUCUUAUUAACAGAAAUACCGCUAUUCCAACUAAAAAAUCUCAAAUCUUCUCUACUGCUGCUGAUAACCAACCAACUGUUUUAAUUCAAGUUUUCGAAGGUGAAAGAGCAAUGGCUAAAGAUAACAAUAGAUUAGGUAAAUUCGAAUUGACCGGUAUUCCUCCUGCUCCAAGAGGUGUUCCUCAAAUUGAAGUUACUUUCUCCUUAGAUGCAAAUGGUAUCUUGAAAGUUGAAGCAAUGGAUAAAGGUACUGGUAAAUCAGAAUCUAUUACCAUCACCAAUGAUAAAGGUAGAUUAUCUAAAGAAGAUAUCGAUAGAAUGGUUGAAGAAGGUGAAAAAUUCGCUCAACAAGAUGCUGAAGUUAAAGCUAAAAUCGAAUCAAGAAAUUCAUUAGAAAAUUACGCUCAUUUAUUAAAAGGUCAAUUAAGUGAUCAAUCUGAAAAUGGAUUAGGUUCUAAAUUAGAUGAUGACGAUAAAGAAACCUUGGAUGACGCAGUUAAAGAAACCUUAGAAUUCAUCGAAGAUAAUUAUGAUACCGCUACUUCUGAAGAAUUCGAAGAACAAAAACAAAAAUUAAUCGAUGUUGCUAACCCAAUCACUUCAAAACUAUACGGUGGUGGUGAUGCCGGUGCCCAAUUUGGUGAUGCCGAUUCUGAUGAUGACUUUGAUCACGAUGAAUUGUAA